GUGGGGAGGAUGCUCCGGAGUGGCCCGAGCCGCAGAGGAUGGACUCAGUGGUCUUUGAGGACGUGGUUGUGGACUUCACGGCAAGGGAGUGGGCUUUGCUGACUCAGGCUCAGAGGAAACUCUACAGAGAUGUCAUGCUGGAGAACUUCCGGAACCUGGCCUCAAUAGAUGAUGAGAAUCAAGCCCAAACCAAUACAGCCAUUUCUCACCAGGGUCUUUUUGGAGAAAAAUUAUCCAAUAAGCAGAAGAUAGCACGAUUCACAAGAAAUGACACCUGGGCGUCUCUUUUAGGGGAAAAUUGGGAAGUCCAUAGCAUUAAAGAUAAGCACAAAAAGCAGAGGAGACAUUUGAGGUGAAGUUCACGUGGCGAGGAACCUCGGUGGGGGGCGCAGGCGGACAGGCGCGGCGGUGCCCUGCCCGGGACCCUGGAUGCUAAGCUGAGCCAGGCGCCCCCCGAUGCUGGCAGGCGCUACGAGUGCGGUGAGUGCGGCGGCCUGUUCACUCACUCGUCGUCCCUGCACAGGCACCGCAGGAUUCACACCGGCCACAAGCCGCACCAGUGUGCACAGUGCGGCAAGGCCUUCAGCCGGCCGUCCUACCUCCGCAUGCACACGGGCACGCACAGCGGGGAGAAGCCGCACGCGUGCGCCGUGUGCGGGAAGACCUUCCUGCGCGCCUAUUCUGUCAGCGAGCACGCGAGGAUCCACACCGGGGAGAAGCCGUACGCAUGCGCGCAGUGCGGCAAGCCCUUCAGCUGCCCCAAGUCCUUCCGCGCGCACGUGCUCACGCACCGCGGCGGGAAGCCGUACGCAUGCGCGCAGUGCGGCAAGGCCUACAGUUGCCCCAAGUCCUUCCGCGUGCACGCGGCCCUACACAGCGGCGCGCGGCCCUACGCAUGCGCGCAGUGCGGCAAGGCCUACGGCUGGCUCGCGUCCUUCCAGAGGCACGUGAGACGGCACAGCGGGGAGAAGCCCUACGCCUGCGCGACGUGCGGGAAGGCCUUCGCCUGGCCCUCGUCCCUGCACAAGCACGCGAGGACGCACGCGCCGAGGAGGCCCACGCAGGGGAACUGCGGCCGGCAGCCCGCAGCGGGACCCCCUUCCUCCAACUGCGCAGACGCGGCGGCUGCGGAGAAACGCGACGCGCGGGGGUCAGGUGAGGAGCCUUCGGGUCUCUCGGCCUCGCGUGCACGCGAAGACGUGCGGUGCAGAGCAGUCCGCAGGUGUAGGCAGCGUGGGGAAGCCUCCCACCCGCCUUCGUCCAUCCCAGAGCCGGCAGGUGCAGUCCGGAGUGGAGCCCUAGCCGAGUGAGAAAUGGGAGUUCAGUUGUCCCAGCCCUUCUAAGGGCACGCGGCGACACGCCACACAGGAGAAGAGUCCUAUAAAUAGUAUGCCCCAAGCACCGAAUGCUCGCCUGCAAUCCCAGCUAUACAGGAGGCACAGACUGGGAGGAUCACCGCUCAAGGCCAGCCCUGGGAAGAAGUUAGCUAGAACCCAUUCUCAACCUCCAGCUGAAAUGUGGGAAACGGCGAAGGAAACAAAGUCAACGCGACCAUUUUCACAGGAAGCAGGGAGUUUAUUACGCUAGCGGACUCGGAAGGUAAUUUCUCAAAGCGCUGAGCCCGGAUCUGUGUCGGGAGCUGGGUUAAAUACAGUUUGUCCCCCACCUCCUACAGAACGCGGUCACAGUUACAGGAAACACUGCAGCGCUAGCAGAACGCUGCUUGUAGACUCAGAGUAGGGAAACCAAGGUGAAUACCAGACACAGUAAAUCCCAGGAAAAUAGCCAAGCUGGCCCCAACAGUACAGAAGGUCUUAAGUAGAAGAAUUACAGUCAGGCUGGCCUGGGCAUAAACAUGAAACCCUAUCUGAAAAAUAUGAAGCAAAAAGGGCUGGGGUGUGGCUCAAGCGGUGGACCGCCUGACCACCAAGCCAGGGCCAAAGAUACGGUGUGGGAAAGCUGAUGCAAAUUAAUUCAUGUAUAAUUGCUGAGAACCUUCACACCAGGAGAGAAAUCUUAUAAAAGUUGCCUCCAUAAGGACCUCAACCUCAAAGCAAACCCCCAGCAAAUGAAUUUCUAGUUUUCUUGCAAACAUUGAGGUGAGAUUCUCUAAGGACACGCUCCUGUAGAUGACAUAAAUUUUUAUAUAGUGAGUUUUUUAGUAACAGUCGUUUUCCAUUUUGAAGUGUGUUGCUCACAU